ACAGCUUGUUCCGUUUUGUGACUACUUUAAACACAAAAAGGCGACACUUGGAUGUCUCCAUUCGAUGUGUGUUGUUUGACGUGUUUAUAUUUUAAGAUAUUGAAAUCAUAAUAGGUUUUUACCACUUAGGCGCAUUUGUGAUCAGCUUGACAACAUUUUCUUAAGAGAUGAGGCUACCACAACUGUGGUAACUCACAUCUGACUGAAUUGUUUCCUCAGACUUACUCUGUCUGUCCGGGCUGUUACCCAUUAAACGCUUUAUAAUGCAGCCCAUGACUCCUCGCAAUUCUCCCACCACGAACGCUAGGCGCCGCUGUUUCGCGCACUGAAAUCCAAACUAAAUUCUCUAUGAGGUGGAAGUUUUUCUUCUUUCCACGUUAAGUAAUUUGACACCCAAAAAACGCCUCCGAGCAGAAGGAUGGACCCUUAACUCGGCUGGAAGGACGGAAGGAAGGAACACUCAUCCAGCGAGCUCAAACGAGCAGGGAUCGAGGAGAAGCGAGACGUUGUGCGCAAAAAAAAAAAAAAAAAAAAAAAAACAAGCCCGUGGCUCCUGCAGCGGAUGAGGUCUGGGUGCCUGCGCGUCUCCAAAAUCAACUGCCUCUCUGCCUCAAAUGAUCUCAAAGCGACAAGUUCCACUUUCCACAGGCGGAUGGGUGACUUUCCACGGCGCUUUGUGAGGAGGAGAUGAUGAAGAAUUUCAGCGGCAGUCCCCUUCACUGCAACAACCAGACUUCCAACCACAUCAGAGAGCGGAACAACAGAAAGCACGGCUUACUCUCGGCUCUACCGUUGCGAGUCUCUCUGCGGGGUUAUGGUUUCUGCAUGGCUACGUUGUUCCUCUUCUGUUUCGGCUCCCUUUUUUACCAGCUGAACGGAGGACCUCCUAAAAUCCUGCUGGACAUCAGGCAGUAUCUUGGGGUGUGUGGGAAAAAUCACUGGUCAGUCAAAAUGUCCACCGGCAGGCUCUUAAUCCAUAAGGACAGGGUAGCGAGGCAUCUGGUGUCGCGCCCACAUGUCCACAAGGCGAGACAAGGUGAAUCCACAUAUCUGGAUGACCACGGCCCCCCUGCUCCAAGAGAGCUCCCGUUCCCCAGCCAGGUGGUUUAUAACCGUGUGGGGAAGUGCGGCAGCCGGACGGUGGUCAUCCUGCUGAGGCUGCUAGCUGAGAAACACCAGUUUAACCUGGUCUCAUCUGACAUCCACAAUAAGACACGCCUCACUAAACAUGAACAGGUGGAUCUCAUGAAGAACAUCAGCAACAUUCCUCAGCCGUUCCUCUACACACGACAUGUUCACUUCCUCAACUUCACCAGGUUCAGGAUAGAACAGCCUGUGUACAUCAACAUAAUCCGGGACCCUAUCAACCGGUUCCUCUCCAACUAUUUCUUCCGUCGCUUUGGUGACUGGAGGGGAGAGCAGAACCACCUCAUCCGAACUCCAGGGAUGAAAGAUGAUGAGAGAUACCUGGAUAUCAAUGUGUGCAUUCUAGAGAAUUACCCCGAGUGCUCGAACCCUCGGGUUUUCUACAUCAUCCCCUACUUCUGUGGACAGCAUCCUCAAUGCAGAGAGCCAGGAGUUUGGGCUUUGGAGAGGGCCAAGCAGAAUGUGCUGGAGAACUACCUCCUUGUAGGUAUCCUGGAGGAGCUGGAGGACGUUCUGCUCCUGCUGGAGAGGCUCUUACCUCAUUACUUUACAGGAGUGCUCAACAUCUAUAAGAGUCCUGACUACAGGAAAAUGGGGAACAUGACUGGCACAGUGCGCAAACACACCCCCACUCUGGAGGCCCUGCAGGUCCUGUACCACCGCAUGCGCUACGAGUACGAGUUCUACAACUUCAUCCGCGACCAGUUCCACCUCACAAAGAAAAAAAUCGGCCUCAAGUCCGUCUCCCAGCCACCCGCCUAUUCACCUGCUUUCCUGCGAGAGCUGGCCCUGCGAACCCCAGAGCCUCUGGAUGAGGACGAGGAGCUGGACGCGGACUUGGAGGACGCCAACAGCUGGCUGAUCCAUCCCUAAGGGCUGUUUGACAAACGGCGGGUGUAGCCCAAAAAAGAAAAAAGAAAAAAAAACGAGGCUCACGUUUGGCUAGAAUUGGCUGAAGAUAGCUGGAAGCAGCCUGAAGGCAGAGGGGGGACGUCUCCGUCUUUCAGCAUUCCCAAGACAAGCGAGGUGUGUUUCGGGGUAGUCGGAUCCCGACGCUUGAGUUUUUCGACGGGUCCUGUUUUCUCUCUGCAAGUUUUUCCUAUUGUGACAGGCUCAGCACUGAGGACUACAGGGUUGAGAAACUGGAAGGAAAAGAAAAAUUGCUAUUUAAAAAUUGACCAAGGACAACGGGAAAUACUAUUAAGCUCAAUAACUCAAGUUGUGUUUUAAUUUGAGCUUGUUUUAGGGUUCAUGUAAAAAAAGAAAAAACAUAAACAAAUGAUAUUGCUGCGAUCUCCAGGAGAGAUUAGUGCAAGAUAUGGACAGAUGAACAUGUUGGGAAGUAUACUAAACAGUGGUUGCUGGGUUGUUUGCUGUAGGAGAAGACAUUGCCGAAGAGAGAGGUUCAUACUUUACAUAUUGUCCUUAACGCUGGAUUGGGACAUGAUAUUCGUGAAUUGAGAAGUGCCAUAUGCCUUGUAUGUACAUUAGUCGUCCAGGACUUUCGUAAGUGCCAAACCUCAUUAUGAGCUGCAGUAACUGUGUGACAGGAACUUCUGUUAGUUGUGACCUAGUCAAGUCAGUCGUUAUAGUAUUGGUUUAUAACAUUUAGUUUAAUCUGUAAAGUAUUAUUAGGUAUAAAUGAGGGUUAAACUGUAAGCACUCAAUUAUGAAUUCAAAGAAUUCCAUCUGUGUGUGCGUGAAUGAUUGAGUUUGACCGAAACCAGCAUUUUCUUUUUUUUUCUUUUUUUUUUUUUUAUCAUUUAUCAUUGACAUCGGUGGAAAAUACAGGUCGGGCUAAGAGUCAAACGCUAAAAGCAUUUACGAAUCUUAAUUUCUAAUCCAAAGUUUAAAAGAUUGAGCUAGCCAAAUGCCAGUGUUUUUUUGCAAUAGAUGACAAAACUGUAUGAGUAUACUGCACUUUUGUGACGUGAAAUCUCCUGAGCUGCAGCAAAACAAGGGGUUUGUUCACAACGAGUUACGUCCUGUUCAAGGGGUUUCGCUAUUAAAUAAUUAUCAUGGCAGCGUGUAAAGUUUCACCAAUCCCACGUGUUAAAUGUUAUUUUCAAUUCUCCAGCACUAUAUGUUUUCCAUCAAUUAUGUUAAAAAAAAACAUGAAAAGUGAAAAGUAACCAUAAGCUAAUAUGUGUUUACGUCAUGAACAUACUUAAUUCCACCCAUCCUAAUCUCCACUGUCAAUACCCUUUUCACUGUUACCAUGUCUUGUCCAGAUUUUGCCAGUUUAAUUUAUUGUUUUGUAUUCAUUUGCAUUCCAGAUAAAAUUCUCAGGAAGGAAAACAAUAACUUGAUCGUUUGUAUCUUUGGUUUCCAGUGCCGAUGAGACUAUUCAUGGUAUUUUAAGGGCGUCGAGAAUUGAGUUUUUAUCAGCAGCUGAAAAACUGGUGAACAACAAUAACGUGUGCAGUCCAUCAUUUUACAGUCUUCAAAAUAAACGUCCUCUAACUAUUGCA